CAUAUCCUCAACUUAGUCUACAUCUGCGAAUGCAACGGCUUGCCCGAAGUGGCAGAGUACUGGAAACAAGUCAUCAAGAUCAACGACUACCAGAAAACAAGAUUCGUCAACCGCAUCGUCUCCUCGAUGUUCAACACGGUCUCCAACAAAAAGAUCGCGGUUCUCGGUUUCGCCUUCAAGAAAGACACGGGAGACACGAGAGAGACACCAGCCAUCGAUGUCUGCAAAGGCCUUUUAGGGGACAAGGCUCGUAUCAGCAUCUACGACCCGCAAGUCACCGAAGAGCAGAUCCAGAGAGACUUGACCAUGAACAAAUUCGACUGGGACCACCCGCUUCAUCUCCAGCCGAAGCCCACCACUGUGAAGCAAGUCUCGGUCGCUUGGGACGCGUACGCCGCGACCAAAGACGCUCAUGGUAUCUGCAUUUUGACAGAGUGGGACGAGUUCAAGAAGCUGGAUUACGAGAGGAUCUUUGAGAACAUGCAGAAGCCAGCUUUUGUUUUCGAUGGGAGGAACGUGGUGGAUGCUGAGAAACUGAGGAAGAUUGGGUUUAUUGUUUACUCCAUUGGUAAGCCAUUGGACCAGUGGCUCAAGGACAUGCCUGCUCUUGCCUAAACCAUACAGACAAUCCUCUUCCUUAGCUUUUUAUUUCAUUUUUCUUCCCGGAAUUAUCGUGAACUUUACUAUGUUUUGAUCAAUAAGUGUCCACCAGAGAUUUUUAGGUUUGUUUUUU